AUGGCGGGUGUCCAAAUGCCUGCUGCCGUUGCGCAGCACCCGCAAAUGGUGAUGGCUGCCAACAUGAGCGGCCAGCAGGUUCAGGAAGUUUAUGCGCGCUACCAGCAAUUGAAGAAGCAGGGCGUCCCUCAAAACGAUCCCGAGUUUAUGAAGCUCCACAACAUCAUCCUGGCCGUAUCCCGCAGACAGCAGCAACAACAGCAGCAACAGCAGAUGCAACGACAACAACAACAACAACAUCAACAACAACAUCAGAUGGCAGGUGGUGCCGUUAACGGAGGCCAGCCUGGCCGUGCCCCCGGACCCCAGCAGACAGACGGUGUCUCUGGAGCUCAGGUUCCAAAGACGCCUGCUGCUAAGCCUGUCGGUAUGCCAACUGGCCAGCCACAAGGAGGUGUCCCCUACACAAAGGCUCAGAUUCAGUUGCUCAAGGAUCAAAUAAAGGCUUUCCAAGCGCUAAGUCGGAAUCAGGGCGUCCCAGCUGCCCUUCAAAAACAACUUUACGAGUUUAGGGCUCGGCGCAACUCUGCCCAGGUUGCGCAAGCGGCAUCCAACGCGUCUGCUGCUCAGACUAACUCCAGUACACCAACCCAAGACACCCCCAAGACCGGCAGCUCCAACGGUCAGGAGGAGGCUGAUUCAACACCAAAGGCCCGUGAGCUCAAGACAGUCAAGCUGCCACUAGAAGCCGGACUGGUCAAGAACAGCAUCAACUACCUCGAGCAUGGGCGCCGCAAGAAUCGCCUUAUCAUCCCUGGCAUUUUUCCCACGGGUGUCGAUUUCGAGCAGUUGAGAGCAGACCGUGAGAAGAUUGUGUUCAAUCGCAUGAGCGCCCGCUAUGCCGAGCUCAAGAGCCUCCCGGGUAACCUGGCGCAUUGGGACACAAGUAAAGAUGAAGUCGUCGCCGAUGACACGGCCAAGCGCAAGGCCAUUAUCGAGAUGAAGAAGCUGGCUUUGACAAUGUACCGCCGCAUGAAGAAGCAGAGUGUUAGGGAAGCCCGGGUUACCGAGAAGCUUGAGAAGCAGCAACGUGACGCGCGCGAGAAUAGGGAACGCAAGAAGCACGUCGAGUUUCUGCAAGCGGUUCAAAACCACAAGGUGGAGAUACAAAACGUCGCCUCGAUUCAGCGUAACAAGCUGCAGAAAAUGGGUCGUCUCAUGUAUGCGCAUCACUUCAACAUCGAGAAGGAGGAGCAAAAGAGGGUGGAAAGGACGGCCAAGCAGCGUCUGCAGGCCCUCAAGGCCAACGACGAAGAAGCUUAUCUCAAGCUGCUCGACCAGGCCAAGGAUACUCGUAUUACUCACCUUCUCCGCCAGACCGACGGUUUCCUUCAUCAGCUCGCCUCGUCGGUUCGUGCACAACAGCGCGAGGCCGCCGAGCGUUAUGGCGACGAUUUGCAAAACAUCCCAGAAGAGGAGAGCGAUGUGGACGAGGACGAAGAAAGUAGCCGGAAGAUCGACUACUAUGCCGUUGCGCACAGAAUCAAGGAAGAGGUUACAGAACAAGCCAGUAUUCUGGUCGGUGGUACUCUCAAGGAGUACCAGCUCAAGGGUCUGCAGUGGAUGUUGUCGCUCUACAACAACAACCUCAACGGUAUCUUGGCCGACGAAAUGGGUCUCGGAAAGACUAUUCAGACAAUCAGUUUGGUCACGUAUCUCAUCGAGAAAAAGCAGCAGAAUGGACCGUACCUGGUUAUUGUUCCGCUCAGUACGCUCACCAACUGGAACCUUGAAUUCGAUAAGUGGGCGCCAUCCGUUGCCAAGAUCGUCUACAAAGGUCCUCCCAACACCCGCAAGCUGCAACAGGAGAAGAUCCGUCGUGGGGAAUUCCAGGUCUUGCUCACGACAUACGAGUACAUCAUCAAGGAUCGCCCGCUGUUGAGCAAGAUCAAGUGGUUCCACAUGAUCAUUGAUGAAGGACAUCGUAUGAAGAACGCUAACUCGAAGCUGAGCGCCACCAUCCAGCAAUUCUACAGCACCCGAUUCCGCUUGAUUCUCACGGGUACUCCCUUGCAAAACAACCUUGCCGAACUGUGGUCCAUGCUCAACUUCGUCUUGCCGAACAUCUUCAAAUCAGCCAAGACUUUUGAUGAAUGGUUCAACACUCCUUUCGCCAACACGGGUGGGCAGGACAAGAUGGAACUCACAGAAGAAGAGCAGAUUCUCGUCAUUCGUCGUCUGCACAAGGUGCUGCGGCCAUUCUUGCUGCGUCGUCUCAAAAAGGAUGUCGAAAAGGAUCUGCCAGACAAGACAGAAAAGGUUAUCAAGUGCAAGUUUUCGGCCCUGCAGCAACGUCUGUACAAGCAAAUGGUUACCCACCAAAAGAUUCUUGUCAGCGACGGAAAGGGAGGCAAGACUGGUGCCCGUGGUUUGAGCAACAUGAUCAUGCAGCUCCGCAAGCUCUGUAACCAUCCAUUUGUGUUUGACGAAGUCGAGAACCAAAUGAACCCGACCAACACCAGCAACGACCUGCUGUGGAGAACAGCCGGUAAGUUUGAGCUUCUGGACCGUGUGCUGCCCAAGUAUAAGGCAACGGGCCAUCGUGUCCUGAUGUUCUUCCAAAUGACCGCUAUUAUGGACAUUAUGGAGGAUUUCCUCAGGUUCCGUGGCAUUCAGUACCUCCGUCUUGACGGUACAACCAAGGCGGAGGACCGUUCCGAGCUCUUGAGGCUCUUCAACGCCCCUGACUCGCCUUACUUCAUGUUCCUUCUCUCUACCCGUGCCGGUGGUUUGGGUCUCAACUUGCAGACUGCCGAUACGGUCAUCAUUUACGACUCGGAUUGGAACCCUCAUCAGGAUUUGCAGGCUCAGGAUCGUGCUCAUCGUAUCGGUCAGAAGAACGAAGUGCGUAUCCUGCGUCUCAUCAGUUCGGCCUCGGUGGAAGAAAAGAUCUUGGAGCGUGCCAGAUUCAAGCUCGACAUGGACGGCAAGGUCAUUCAGGCCGGUCGUUUCGAUAACAAGUCGUCCGAAACCGAUCGUGAUGCCAUGCUCAGGACUCUGCUUGAGACGGCAGACAUGGCGGAGGUUGGUGAGCAGGAAGAGAUGGAUGACGAGGAACUCAACAUGAUUUUGGCCCGUAACGAAGAUGAGUUGGUCACGUUCCAGCAGCUUGAUGAUGAAAGAGCUCGCGAUCCACUCUAUGGUACGGCGCCGGGAUGUAAGGGUAUCCCUCGCCUCAUGGCUGAGAAGGAACUGCCCGAUAUCUACCUUCAAGAAGGCAAUCCGAUUGAGGAAGAAGAAGCGGUCUCUCUCGGUCGUGGAGCUCGUGAGCGCACAAAGGUCAAGUACGACGACGGUCUUACAGAAGAGCAGUGGCUCAUGGCAGUUGACGAUGACGAUGAUUCGCCAGAGGCUGCGGCAGCCCGCAAAGCGGCACGUAAGGAACGCCGUGAACAAAACAGGCUCAAGAAGAUAGCAAUCCUCAACAAUGCUUCCGGUUCCGUGGAUGCCUCACCAAGUGUAAGUCGGGCUAGUACUGAGGAGGUGGAGGUCGCCCCGCCGACACCCAAGAAGCGUGGUCGUAAGCCUGGCAGCAAGAAUCUCGAAAAGCGCCCUAGGGAGGAUGGUGAUGAUGAACCUCCUGUCACUAAGAAGCGUCGCGGACCUGGUGGCCGGCCCAAGGCGGUGUCAAACGGAGACAGUCGCAUGUCAGCAGAAAUGCGCACUAAGCUGCAGCAGAGCAUGAGGCGGAUCUUUGAUGGGUUGAUGAACCUUGAAGUGGAGGAUGAUGAGCCUGCCGAGCAGCUAGAUGGUGACAAGGACGAGGACGAAGGCCCACCCACCAGGCUGAUCAUUGGUCCUUUCGUCAAGCUGCCGCCUAAGCGUGAAUGGCCGGAUUACUACCUCAUGAUUACGAACCCGAUUUGCAUGAAGGAUAUCGAAAAGAAGAUGAAGAAGGAGGACUACCACUCACUUUCGGAUAUGCGGAAGGACUUGGAGUUGUUGGUGAGGAACUGCAGGACGUUCAACGAGGAGACAUCCAUGAUUUGCAUAGAUGCAAACAGGAUAGAGGCUCACUUCAAGGAUCAAUUCGAGAAGGAGCUGAACGAUCACCCCGAACUCCGCACCCUCGAGGAUCCCUCCUCCUCAACCUUCUCCGUAGGAGCAUCCUCAACAAAGGACGGCUCAGUCGCCCCAUCCACCAUUACCAACUUCACCGAGACUCCGCAACCAUCGUCGGCACCUCCCGUGCUAGCGCCAGCACCGACCCAACCGACCAGGAUCAAGCUCGUGUCUAGCUCAACGUCUUACAACAACGCCGCUUCCUCGUCCAGCGCAAUGACAUCAGCCGUGAACAGCAUGAGCGUCAGCCAGGUGAUGAACGGUACCAGCGCGGCGGACAGCGAAGCCGGAGAUGAAGAUUAGCGGGCUUAUCAGCGUCAUCGCCAGCGUCAGCGUGCGUUGCGGUCCCGUGUGGAGAGCAGUAGUAGUAGCCAUUUCGAUGAUAGCGGUGAUGAUGAUUACCCAUCGGAAGAAGAAUAAACAGGUGUUCAGCAUCAGUGGAGGAAGGAGAUGAAGUGGUGGGUGGAUGGGAGUAAACAAAGCAGUAGACUACAGGUGGUGGUCACUACCUACGUAGUAGUCCUUGUAUACAUAACCUACAAUACGAAACUCCCCGUGCGGACGGACGGACAGACAUACAUAUGGUACGGCAUGGCAUGGCAAGGCAAGAAAAGAGAAUUAAACUUAAAGCAGAAGCGAAG